AUGACGCCGAGACGAGGAUGUGAGUGCUCUACUUGAGAGGUGACGUCGGGAGACACCGUGGCGAGACGAUGUGCAAGUUCUCUAGUCAAUGCCUGUGAUGGGAAGCAAGCCCCAUUCCUGUUGGCACCGAGGAGCAAGCACAGCUCAUAUACCCACGCGGUGCCCUGAGGAGUAAGCGAGCUGAGGUUCGCACACACUCACCCACGUCACUUGUCACAGCGAAGACCAAUGGAGCUGAGAGGUUUGCACACACCGACCUCUGCCUCUGUUCAGGAGCUGCCCGCUCAGGGUGUCCACUCCGACACUGCUGCCCUGACACUUUCAGGUUGAGCUGCCUCAGGUGGUGGAAAGUGAACCUUUGGGUUGAGUCUAGAAGAGUGACCGAAGACAGCUCUGCUACGAUGUCUCUGACGGAGGAGACCCUGUGGUCUCAGUACGAGGACCUGGGCGUCAUCGGCACGGGCGCCUAUUCGAGCGUCCGAAAGGCUCGCCACCGCUCCACAGGAGUCACGGUGGCCAUCAAGGUCCUGGAGAAGCGGCGGAGAAUUCGCGCAGUUCUACAGGAGGUGGAAAUAAUGAAGAUGCUGGCACACCCCAACACGGUGUCGCUAUUUCAGAUAGUUGACACGAAAGACAACGUCUACUUAGUUCUAGAGUUCUGUCAGAAUGAGCUGCUGGAACACAUCUCCAUGAAGGGCUGCCUGCAGGAGGACGAGGCCCGCCAGAUGUUCAGACAAAUCAUAGAUGCCAUCUUCUACUGCCACAGCCUCGGCAUAGUGCAUCAAGACAUAAAGCCGGACAACAUCAUGGUGGACGACGGGGGCAAGGUCACAGUCAUAGACUUCGGCCUGGCCAGCCGGUUUUGGCCAGGACAGAUGCUGCGCAAGUUUUGUGGCACGUACAAGUACAUGCCUCCAGAAGCUAUCUCUUUCGAAGCCUACGACGGCCCGAAAAAGGACAUGUGGUCCCUGGGGGUCCUUCUCUACUACAUGGUGACCGGGACCAUCCCUUUUAACUCCGACGUGCGCGGGAAACUCUGCCUGAAAAUCAUAACGGGGGAUUACAAGCUACCCGAAGGCCUCUCGGCUGAAUUAAAGGACCUCAUUAGGCAGUUACUGACAGUAGAUCCAAAACGCAGGCCAACAACUCAAAUUAGGACCCACCCUUGGCUCCAGCAGGGCCAAGGGGGUUCAGAUAAUCCCAAACCACUCCCUAGAGAGCUGGACAGGAACAUCAUAUCAGCCAUGGGAUUCAUGAAAUUCAACGAAGACAACAUCCUCAAAGCUAUCCAGAAAAACAAGUACGAUGAGAUCAUGGCCACGUACCUCAUUUUACAAUCCCAGAAACAGGACACGAUGAGGCAGAAGGCUGAAGACAAGCCUGUCUGGCCAGGAUCGACGCCUUUCCCCAGCACCUCUGAGCCCGCUGCCUUCCCGAUGCCCCCCAAGAGGAAACAUCCCGAGCCUGGCUUCCGCACACUGUCUCUGGCCUUAUCGGCAUCGGAACAGCCUGAGGACAGGCAGCGGGCAGAGCAUGAGGAGUUCAGCAGUGCCAGUCUACCCGACCUGUACACAUCCCGGCCAGAGAAGAGGACCACUGCCAAGCCGCGUCCUGAACGUGCUCGCCCCUACACCGCUGCAGCCUCCCUCUGUCCCGGCCCCGGUCCACAGCUCCCGCAGAAGGCAGGGCCUGUGACUAAGGACCGCCGUCCCAAGGCCCCGCAGCACACCAUCAGCCCCAAGGCGAAAGAACCCGACGGCCAGCACCGCGGGAGGGGACACUGA